GGUAUCUCAAAUUGUCAACUAUCAAGUCAAACAACUGAUAUAUUUUUAAAAUUCAAAGAAACUUUCAGUUAACUUUUUUUACAGUAAGACCAUUAGUUGACCGUGGUUACAUACUCUUUGAGUUUACCAUCAAUUCCAGAGCGUUGUGUUCAGUGAAGUGUUUUAAUUUCAAAUGUGUUUGAGUAAACAUGGAAUGAGCGCGAAAUGUUGUCGAAUAUGAAGAUUUUAUAGCUUCAAGGGCAUGUAUGAAAUCUUUGAAUCAACGAUUUGAUGCAAUAAAUAUAUUGCUUUUGCUUUCUUAAUUUGUACUGACUUAUAAGCGAUAACUAGUAUUCAUUACAAACUGUUGCCAUGAAUCCUGCAUUACACGUUGAAGUUGUGCAAAAAUCUCAAAGCCGAGCCAGUAAGGACUAUGUUAUGGAACUCGUACGUAGUUUUUUAAUGAAUUUUGUAUCCUUGACUCCUGGUGUAAUUUUAACUGGAAUUGAUCUGGAAGACAAUGUCGAACUGAAGGAACAUGUACAAAGUAUAUCGUUUUGUGAUAUAGAACACGAUAGUGAAGUUUCAGUGACGGAAACUGAACUUAAGUAUCAUGUCUUUAAACUGGAUGCGUUUGGUGCUGAAACUGACACAAUGACUGAUGCCAGUACAGGGGAAGAAUUUGCUGCAGCUGAUGUCUGGUCAUUGCCCAGUCAAGAGUUCCAAGGACUGUGGGAGAGUCUCAUUUAUGAUACUAAAUUAAAAGAAGACACUGUUCGAUUUGUGGAAACUGCAUUUGAGUUUGCUGAUCGGGGUGUAGACCCAAAUAUAAUUGGUUGGAACCGAGUAGUGUUGUUGCAUGGUCCACCUGGUACUGGCAAAACCAGCUUGUGCCGUGCACUUGCUCAAAAAUUGUCAGUGCGCCUUGCCGAUCGAUUUCCAAGAGCCCGUCUCGUGGAGAUAAACGCACAUGGCUUGUUCUCUAAGUGGUUUGCAGAAAGUGGAAAGUUAGUAGCAAGAUUGUUUGAGCGGCUCGAUGAGAUUGUCUCUGACCGGAGGCUCUUAGCCUGUGUACUCGUCGACGAAGUGGAAUCGCUAGCGCAUGCGCGUCGCGCCGCUCUGUCCGGCCUCGAGCCGUCUGACUCUAUUCGCGCCGUGAACGCGCUCCUCACUCAACUGGAUCGGCUGCGGCGAAGGCCCAAUGCUCUUGUGCUUACCACUUCCAACGUGACUGGUGCUAUCGACGUGGCGUUCGUGGAUCGCGCCGACAUCAAGAGGCGCGUGGGCCCACCGUCGGCACGAGCUGCGUAUGAGAUUUUGCGCGGCUGCUGCGCGGAGUUGAUGGGGCGCGGGUUGGUGGCGCCGAGAGAGCCCGUGUUCGCGCUGCGCGUGCUGGAAGGCGCGCGUUUUGCCGACAGCGAGCCGGCGCGCGCCAGCCUGCAGCUGUGGGCGGUGGCGCGCGCGGCGGCGGACGCGGCCGUGUCGGGCCGCGCGCUGCGCCGCUUGCCCUUCCUGGCUCGCGCGCUGCACGCUCGCCAAGCGGUGCCGGAUCUGCUGAGCUUCGUUAGCGCUCUGGCAGCAGCGCUACGAGACCACUUGGCCGAUGCGGCUGAUCUAGAUGACGCAACAACACCUAUGCCUAAAUAAUUCAAUGCCUUAUUUGAAGAAAAAUAUUAUUGCAAUAAUUGUAUAUCUAAUAUUUGGGAUUUUAGAACAGUUCUGUAUAGAUUCAAGUCUAUGUUUCAAAUAAAUGUAAUUU